AUGUCCCCAUAUCAAUACGAAACUGUCAAAGUAGAGGUGUCUGCUGAAGGUGUAGCUCACGUUCAAUUGCACAGACCUAAAAAGCUGAAUGCUUUCAAUGAUCAGCUCGUUUCCGAUGUCAGAAAGGCAUUUCAAGACAUUUCUGUAGAUAACAAUAUAUUCUCUGUUGUUGUCUCUGGCUCUGGCCGCAUGUUUACUGCUGGUUUAGAUUUAUCUGAAACUAGCUUGAAUAACCAAGAUACCACUGAUCCUGCUCGUGCUGCUUGGAGAAUUCGCUCUCACAUUCAAGGUUUCCAAGCUGCAUUCACUGCUAUUGAAGAAUGCUCCAAGCCUGUCAUUGCUGCUGUUCACAGCGCUUGUUUCGGUGCUGGUGUUGAUUUGGUCACAGCAUGUGAUAUUCGUUAUUGUGCAAAGGACUCCUUCUUUUGUGUUAAGGAAGUUGAUGUUGGACUUGCUGCUGAUGUGGGAUCUCUUCAACGUCUUCCCAAGAUCAUUGGCAACAACAGUUUAGUCCGUGAGCUCUGUUUCACUGGUCGCAACAUGUAUGCUCCUGAAGCUUUGGAGUGUGGAUUUGUCAGUAAAGUAGCUGACAACCAUGAAGCUGUCCUGGCUGAAGCAUUCAAAACCGCCAAGCUAAUUGCCUCCAAAUCUCCUGUCGCCGUUUUGGGCACAAAGCACUUGCUAAAUUACUCUCGCGAUCACUCUGUUGCUGAAGGUUUGAAUUAUACCGUUGCCUGGAAUCAAGGCAUGUUGAAUACCGAGGAUAUUCCCCUUUCUAUCCAAGCCUUUGUCACCAAGAAGCCCGCCAAAUACUCCAAGCUUUAA